AUGACGGGAGGACUCGAAGCCCGGCCAAGCAAGAAGCGGCGGCAGUCCGGCUCCGGCCUGGCGGAAUUUGUCACGCGAAUCACCAAGCACCUCGCCGACGCGAGCCCUCGCGGCAACAUGGUCUUCUCGCGGCUGUCCGUCUACGCCGCGGUCGCGCUGCUGGCGCCCGGCGCCCGAGGGGAGACCUUGGACGAGAUCCUCCGCCUCCUUGGCGUCCAUUCCCGCGACGAGCUCGAGGAUCUCAUCUCGCGCGUGGCGGCGGACGCGCUCAAGGACCAGUCGCAGUCUGGCGGGCCGAGCGUGGCGUUUGCGUGCGGCGUGUGGAACGACAAGGCGCGGCCGCUCAAGACGGCGUACCGCGAAACCAUCGUCGGCACGUACAAGGCGAAGUCACGCGCCGUCGACUUCCGGGGAAACGCGGGGAAAGCGGCUCGGCGGAUCAACGCCUGGGUCGCGCGGGUCACCGGAAACCUUAUCACCGCCAUCGUUUCACCGAAAUCCUUUGGCCCGGCGAUAGACGUCGUGCUCGGCAACGCCAUAUACUUCAAAGGAAAAUGGGACCUGCCGUUCUACCAGAGGAUGACCAAGGACAGGCCGUUCCACAGGCUCGACGGCACCACCGUCGACGCCCCCUUCAUGCGCAACUCCGGCCGUCACUUCAUCGCCGUGUACGACGGGUUCAAGGUCCUCAAGCUGCGGUACGAGAUGCCACGAGCCAAGCCAUUGAGAUGGACGGUUAACUUCAAAAAAACCACCCCGCGGUACUCGAUGUGCAUCUUCCUCCCUGAUGCGUACGACGGCCUCCAGGGCCUUGUCGAGGAGAUAACCUCCCGUCCGACCUUCCUGCACGAGCACCUGCCGACGAGCCAGGUCAGGGUCGGCGAGUUCGGGGUUCCCAAGUUCAAGCUUUCUUUCCAGAGCAGUGUCAUCCAAACUCUCAAACACCUAGGGCUACUGUUGCCGUUCGGCAUGGGUGCUGACUUGUCGGACAUGGUGGAGGACGACGGCUCCGGCUUACCUCUGGUUGUGAAUGACGUUUUUCAUAAGGCUGUCAUUGAGGUAAACGAGCAAGGGACUGAAGCUGCAGCUGACACCACGACGAAAAUAUAUGGAUUAGCGAUGCCGCGGCCGACGCCAACAACGGAUUUCGUCGCCGAUCAUCCCUUCGCGUAUUUCAUAUUCGAAGAGGCGUCAGGUGCAAUCAUCUUCGCAGGGCAUGUCGUCGACCCUAGCAGUGGCGGAGACAGCCAGGUGCGGAUUGGACGACCGAGAAAGGGGUUAUCUACAGGUGUACUGGGACUCUUCGUUUAUGGUCCUCUCUACAACGUGUGGAGAAUCGAGGCCUUUCAAACAAAAAAGGGCUUAGCUUGCGUCGAGAAACCUUCUAGUUUUCCAGGGGAAAGAGGAUCGGUCUGUUUCUGCGGGGGGGUUGCGAUGACGGGGGGAUUCCAAGCCGGGUCGUCAAGCAAGAAGCCGCGGCAGCCCGGCUCCGGCCUGGCGGAACUUGCCGCGCGACUCACCAAGCGCCUCGCCGGCGCGAGCCCGCGCAGCAACCUGGUCUUCUCGCCCCUUUCCAUCUAUGCCGCGGUCGCGCUGCUGGCGCCGGGCGCCCGAGGGGAAACCCUAGAUGAGAUCCUCCGCCUCGUUGGCGCCCGUUCCCGCGACGAGCUCGAGGAUCACAUCUCACACGUGGCGGAGGAUGCGCUAGAGGACCUGUCGGACUAUGGCGGGCCGAGAGUGGCCUUCGCGUGCGGCGUGUGGAACGACAUGGCGCGGCCGCUCAAGACGGCGUACCGUGAGACCGUCGUCAGCAAGUACAAGGCGGAGUCAGACGCCGUCGACUUCCGGGGAAACGCGGGGAAAGCGGCUAAGGAGAUCAACGCCUGGGUCGCGCGGGUCACUAAAAACCGUAUCAGGGACUUCGUUACGCCGGGAUCCUUUGGCCCGGAGACGAAGGUCGUGCUCGGCAACGCCAUAUACUUCAAAGGCAAAUGGGUUCACCCGUUCAACAAGAGGAAGACCAUGAAAAGGCCGUUCCAUAGGCUCGAUGGCACCACCGUCGACGUGCCCUUCAUGUGCAACUCCACCCGUCACUUCAUCGGUGUGUACGCCGGGUUCAAGGUCCUCAGGAUGCCGUACAAGAUGCCAGGAUACCAUGUGCCUGCCAACGUAGAAACACCCACGCCUCAGUACUCGAUGUGCAUCUUCCUCCCUGAUGCGUAUGAUGGCCUCCAAGGCCUCGUUGAGGAGAUAACCUCCUGCCCGACCUUCCUGCACGAGCACCUGCCGACGAGACAGGUCAGGGUCGGCGAAUUCGGGGUUCCCAAGUUCAAGCUUUCUUCCCAGAUCGAUGUCACCCAAACUCUCAAACACCUGGGGCUCCUGUUGCCAUUCGACAUGGGUGCCGACCUGUUGGACAUGGUGGAAGACGACGGCUCCGGCUUGCCUCUGCUCGUGAAUGACAUUUUCCAUAAGGCUAUCAUUGAGGUAAACGAGCAAGGGACCGAAGCUGCUGCUGCCACCAGGAAGCGCGGGCUUCUUGGAUGUCCGAUGUUGCCGCCGAAGGUCGACUUCCUCGCCGACCAUCCUUUCGCGUAUUUCAUAGUCGAAGAGGCUUCAGGUGCAACCAUCUUCGCAGGGCAUGUCGUGGACCCUAGCAGUGGCGGAGACAGCCAGGUGCCAGGAGCGGGAAGCCUGGAGGUUGGGCAAGUUUUCCCAGAUAAGAAGUCUGCUUACCAGGCAAUGGGUAGCUAUGCAAUCGGCAUCCACCGCCAGCAUAGAGUGAAGCAGUCUGAUAAAAAAGAGUUGAAGGUCAUAUGCAUCCACACCGCGAAAGGUUGCCGCGGAAGAGUUCUCGCUAGACUGAAGCCUGGGACGAUGGAAACAAUUGUGCAGGGAAGUCUCAACAUUAGUGUUAGGGCUCUGCAAAAAGAUGCAGAGGAUCUAAUUGGAUUCCCUGUUAGCUACAGCAAGGCUAGGCAUGCGAAGGAAAAUAUAUUUAAGAACUUGUAUGGUAUCAAUGGUGAGAUCGACCGCGCGGCCUUGCCGCAGAGAGAAGACCGGAGGGGUCGUAGGACGGUCAUAAAUUUGAGCCAGUGGAUCACCGAGAAUUGCCCUCAUUUGGAGAAGUGGGCACAGGCUCACGACACCGGGGCUCGGUAUGGAAUAAUGACCAGCAACAUGUCAGAGGUGUACAAUGGUGUUCUUAAAGGGGUGCGAGCACUGCCUAUCACAGCCCUAAUUGAAGAAAUUUGGAACCGGACCCUGUCAUACUUUGCAGACAGGGUCACCAUCGCCAAAGCACAAGUUGAAUUGAACAAGCCAUGGUCCGAGAAGAUGCAAAGACAUCUGGACGAGAAAGCAAAGAAGUCCCAAAGUCAUGGCUGCAGGAAAGUGGACGCACUUAGGAAUAAGUGGGAGGUCAAUGUGCGAGCCAAGUACGUUAAGGGUCACCACAGAGGAUCAAAAAAGCAAGCUGUCACCCUUGGCUCAACCUCCUGUGAGUGCACUUGUAACAAGCCCAAGCUUGAGGGCUACCCUUGCAGUCAUGUGCUCUGGGCGGCUGCUGUUCAAAAAAUCAGCGUCGAGCCAUACAUAUCGCCGUACUUUAACAUGUACAAUCUGUACAACACUUGGAACGGUUAUGGGUGA